UUCCGGUUUGUUCAAAACAACGUGUUUUCUUGUUAUAGUAUACCUUGUUUAUAGCGGCUAUUUUUUAAAAAUGAGGAAAUUAAAGUAUCAUGAGAAAAAAUUGCUGAAAAAGGUUGAUUUCAUCAACUGGGAAGUUGAUAAUAAUCUCCAUGAAUUAAAGAUUAUGAAGAAAUAUUAUGUGCAAAAACGUGAAGAUUACACCAGAUACAACAAAUUAGCUCGGAAAAUACGAACUCUAGCACGUAUGAUCAAGGAUUUGGAUAUGAAGGAUCCCUUUAGAAAAGAAGCUGGUGAUCGAUUCCAUACUCUUCUGCAUUCUAUGGGUUUAAUCUCCAAAAAUGAAGGUUUAGAACUUUGUGACAAAGUAACAGCUUCUUCUUUUUGCAGGAGACGUCUACCCGUAUUGAUGACAAGAAGUAAAAUGGCCCCAUCUUUAAAGGAUGCAACUAAGUUCGUAGAACAAGGACAUGUUCGUAUUGGACCAAAUGUAGUAAUGGACCCAGCCUUUCUAGUAACUAAGAAUAUGGAAGACUUCGUUACCUGGGUGGACAGGUCUGCUAUCAGGAAACACAUAGCCAAUUACAAUGAAGAGAUGGAUGACUUUGACUUCAUGUAGAAAUGGAUGUGUUAUUUAAUAAAAUAUUUGUAAAUAAAUCAUUUUUGUACCAAUA